GCGGGCAGAGGCCCCGCUGGCCUUCACCACUGCCGUCCGCCGAUAAUUUAGCUUUUCCACGCGAACUUUCUUUCUUUGGCGCAGCUUCCUUCUUCCUCUCGUUCGGUUUCUCUUUGUUUCUCUUGAGCUCUGGUAUUCUCUUGUUGUCCAAGGCCUUGAAGGGGUAAUCUCGUUUGGUUUUUGGCUUUCUAGAUAGGGGGAAAAAACUUUCAUCAGAAUAGACUGUAAUAUUGGACAUCAUGAAACAAGAUAGUGAACCUUCAUUGGGAGAAUUCAUGAAGAUUUCACUUGAAGGAUUUUCCUGGGCUGAAAAUAUAUGCCAAAGAGUUGAAAAUAUAUGCACAGAGAAUAACAUGGUUCAGAAUCCAGGAAAAUAUGUCAAUGCUGUUGGUGAACACUUCAAAAAGGUGAUUCAUACUGUUGUAAAUGACUUAUGCGACCAGGCUGAUGAUGUUUUAGAACUAUUUUCUGAAAUAACUUCAGGGCAUGCUUCCCUGGUUAAGUCUUCUGGAAAAAUGGGUGAAGAGCUUAUUGGCGAUCUUUUACAUGAAAAACCCUCUUCUUGUAUUUUCGGAGAAGAAACUCCAUUGAUGGAAACUUUAUCUUUGGAACAUGAUCAUGCACCUAAAGUUUUGGGAAAUUUGAGCGCAGGGUCUGAAAAGAGUACCUCUGAUGGGACAGUUUUUGCUGCAAGUGAGCUGGAUGAAGCUUUUUCUUCCACAGUGGAUUCACUUUCAAAGCAUGGAGAUAGUACCAUGGUACAUGAAAGAGCAAGGGUAGAGAUUGACGAGAGCAUUUUCCUUGAAAAGUAUGCUUGUGAUAGGUUUGAAAGAGCUCGUUCUACUGAAGAUCUUAGCCAGGCCCAGGUUAGAUUGCAAAGUGAACCACAGUUUUCAAACAAAAUGGAGGUUUCUACUGGUAUGCUUGUGGAAACUCCUAUGUUCGGAGCUGAAGGAUUGAAUUACUCAGCUGAGAAUUUCUCUAAUGCAGCUGCGCUCGAUGUUAAUUUUACUCGAUCGCUAUCGCUUGCUGAAGCAAAUUCACCCAUGACCCAUAAAAGUACUGUAACUGGUGAGCUAUCACCAUGUUAUUCAAUUUGUUUUUUGGAUUUAGAAUCCUUGGAAGCCUCAUGUCAUUCGGAAUCUAAUGGAAGUAAACUUACAUGGAGAAAAGGACGUAAUGAGGGGGAAUUCCUGACAAAAAAUGCUGCAGAUUUCCAAGAAAAUUUAAAUAUAAUUAGCAGGGAAGAGUUUGGCAACUCUUCCAUUUUCAAUCUGAAGAACGAAGACUUAAACGACUUUGAGGAUGUAAAACUUGAAGAUGAUUUUGAAGCAGUAAAGGUUGAGAAUGACUGGGAUGAGAUGGUAAUGGCUGAAAUUGCCUUGAUUUCAUCUCAAGUGGCAAAAAAAGAGUCAUCCAAGGUAAAAAAACUGAAGAAAAUGCUUACUUCAAGAUGGCGAGCAUCUAGGGGAAGGCAGCUGGUGACUCAUCAAGCUGAUCAGCAUUCAAAGACAUCCUUAGACUCUGAUUGGGAACUAUUGUAAAGAGUCUGAUAGACUCUUUACAUACAAAUAAUUUGCCACAGAACCUGAUCAUCUCUUUUCAAGCUAAGGUUAGUCUAUCUUUAUUUCCCACUGUAUUGUGUAUUUGGCUGAACUUUGUAGAUUAGUCGGCGCCUAUUCAUGGCCUCCUAACUUGGUUUAUCUUCUGUUAAGUAUAAGGAGGUACGAGUUUAAUGUUAUAAAAAAUUAAAGAACACAAAGUAUUCUUGCUGAUGUUAAUUUUUAAUCAGCAUAAUUCAAUAUUUUACUGGACUUAUCAUUUUAUAUCUUCAAAAAACUAUUGCUUCUCUUCAUA